AUGAAUAACUUGUCAAUUGCAGAGGUACACGUUGCUCAAAACGCAAAGAAAUGGAGUGAUGAGGAGAGAAAGAUAAGAAUUGAUUUGGCUGCUGCCUAUCGUAUGGCAGCGAUGUUGGGUUGGAAUGAAUUGAUAUUCAAUCACUUCACCGCUAGAAUACCAGGUACCGAUCAUAUAUUAUUGAAUCCAUUCGGUCUUGGAUUCGAAGAGAUAACUGCAUCAUCAUUAAUUAAAGUUGAUUUAGAUGGAAAUAUAAUUGAAUUCGGUUCGACUGAACACGGUAUCAAUGUCACUGGCUAUGUGAUUCACGGAGCUAUACAUCGAUCGCGACCUGAGAUCUAUGCGACGAUGCACAUUCACAAUACUGCAGGCGUUGCUGUGUCAUCGAUGAAAUGCGGUUUGCUCGAGAAUCUCUGUCAGAACUCGAUGAUCUGUGGCGAGGUGGCUUAUCACGACUACGAGGGUAUCUCUGUGGAGAUGGACGAGCAGAAGCGUAUUCAGGCGGACUUGGGAGCUACCGCCAAGAACCUGAUUCUUCGUAAUCACGGUCUGUUGACUCUCGGUGCCACCAUGCAAGAGUGUUUCCUACAUAUGUUCCUGCUGGUGAAAGCCUGUGAGAUUCAAGUGAUGUCUAUGAGCGCUGUUGGCGGUGAUCUGAGCAAGUUGAACUAUGGCGACGACAAAUACAAAGAACAAGCAAGAGUGAUCUCAAGCAAAUCUUUAACACACAAUGCCUACGGAGUCAAAGAAUUUGAAUAUCUUAAACGUAAAUUGGAUAAAACUGAUCAAUCUUAUAGAUAUUAA